AUGGCGGCGGUGGCGGCGCAGCAGAAGGAGCUCGAGGCCAAGGCCGACGCGCUGCGCCUGGCGGACGUCGAGCGGGAGGCGAGGCUGGUCGAGCUCAGGGUGGAGCAGUCUCGCACGCUGGGCAAGCUGGCUAAGCCUCCUACUGAGCUGCGCGAUGGCCUGGAGGGCGAAAUCGAGGUCGAGGGCCUCGAGUUCUCCGCCGACUUCCUGGGCAAGGUGCUCGGCUCGUUCGGGGUCGAAAAGGGGGUCCCUGCAGGGCGCGAUGCCAUGGGCGAUGACGGGCUGGACGUAGACACGCAGCUCAACUUCCUCGCGAAGGUGGGCGCCGCCCCAGCUGGGGCCGAGGGCAGCGUUCGCGCCAUGGCGGGCGACAGUGGCAACUGGGAGGCCUACUACAACGAGUUGUACGAGGCCGACGAGCAGGCUGCCCUCGAGCUGGGCGACUGCAUCUUCUGGGGUACUGACUGCCCGAGCCAGGGGGGCCAGGCGCAACCAGUGCGCAGCGCGGCAGGGGCUGCUGGUGGCGCGGCGCUGGGGCUGCAGCACGCGGGGGCGCUGCAGGCGGGCGACGCUGGGGCUGCCUUCGGUUGGGAUGGGAGCCAGCAGACCCCCUCGGGGCUGCUGGGGGUGUCCGGCUUUCAAGGGUACGGCCCCAAGAUGUCAGAUUCGGCUGGCCAGGUGGGGGAUCCUGACUGGCAGCCGCAGGUGUCGGCCUCAGGGUACGGCCUGCAUGACGAUCCUGGAGGCGAUGUUGGCCCACAGCUUGGCCGCGUGGGCCAGCGCGCGCCAGUGGUCAGGGGCGGCUGCUGCCUGGCCACCGCUAAGGUGGCGUCACGGGGGCCCCUGAACGAGUACCUCCUUCAGGCUGAUGGCCAGGCGACCCUGGCAUUGGCCGUGCAGGAGCAUCGCUGUGCGGCCAGUGUCCUGGCGACGCAGCAGCGGGCGGCCAAGGGGGGCGUGGUGGCGCUGAGCGUAUACCUACACGUCGGAGAGGGCCUUUCGGCGAACAACCUAGGCAUCCUCUGGCAGCUGGCCCAGUACCUCGGCGUGCUGGAGGCGGAGGGCUACCGCUGGGCGGCCAUGGGCGACUGGAACAUGGAGGCGGACGUCCUGGACUUCGGCUGGGCCCGGAAGCUGCGCGCGCAGAUUCGGGUCGCGGGCGCCCCCGCCUGCAGGCAGGGCAGCGGCUCCAAGAUUGAUUACUUUGUGGUUUCCAAGGGCCUGGCGUGCUUUGCGGCGGCGUCUCCGCGGCUGGGCAGGGGUGCCAGCGCGUGGCCCCACUGGCCCGUCCACCUGCCACUGCAGUCGGUGCGCGUGGAGGCGUGGCAGCAGGUGCUCGACGAGCCGAGGGCGGUUCCCAGGGGGCCCGCCAAGCCUGGCUGCGCCCGCGGCCCCUGGCGCUGGACGGAGGUGGCGCGCUGCGUCCAGGCCACGCGCGACGACCAAGGCCUGCAGAUCAUCUGGGACCUGUUGUUGGAGGGGGUCGAGGCGGAGAUCCUCAACAGGCGGGACUUGGUGGGGCCCGCCGCACCUUCGCAGGGCGUGGUACGCAGGGGGGGGGGGGCUGCAGGCUUGAGAUGGGAGUUGUUUCAGUGGAGGCCACCCCAGAAGCGGAAGCGCUGGGGGCCAGAGGCCCAUGCCUGGGCGGUGCUAGCUAGGUGGGCGACCGAGCUCCUCAGCAAACGGGAUUGCCUGGCCAAGCUGCAGGCAGCCCUGGGCAGCCACAGGCAGGAAGAAGGCAGAGAGGCGGCGGCGGCGAGGGACAAGUUCAUGAAGUCGAUCGCGGCCACCCUGGCGCACCUCAGGAUGUUCCUGGCGGGCAUCGAGGACCAUGUGCACUGGCGUAUCCUGCCGCCGUGGGCACAACGGCCUUUCCGUGCCGACGCCAACUGGACAGAGGCCGACUUCGAGCGGGAUCUCAAGCGUGCGCUGGCUGAGGCGAAGGGGAGGCAGCGGAAGUUGGUCCAGGCCGACGAGGCCCGCUGGAAGGAAUGGGUGGAUGAUGCCUUCCUGAGCGGCGCUGGCGCGGCGCACGCGGCCUCCAAGGUACCUGUGCUUCAGGAGGUACUGCCCGCGCUGCAGGAGAAAAGGGUGGGCCAGUCGGGCAUUCUGCCGAGGGCGCUGGAGGAUCUCUCCGGCGACGCCCUGCACGUCAUGAUCGCGGUCUACCACAAGUGCGAGGAGCUCCUUGCGUGGCCGAGUAGCCGCCUCAUCAACACCAUGGUGGGGCUGCCCAAGCCUGGCGGGGGCUGCAGGCUGAUCGGCCUCAUGCCGGCCUUGGUGAGAGUGUGGAGUCGAGCGCGAAGGCCGAUCACCAAGGCCUGGGAGUUCGCCCGCCCCUCGUCCCUGGUCUGGGGCACGGGCCCUGGCCGCUCGAGCUCUGACUCCGCGUGCGAGCUGAACCUGGCCAAGGAGCAGGCUCGCCUCGGCGGCUGGGACUCCGCCCAGGUUGCCCUCGACCUCUGGAAGGCGUACGAGAUGGUGGCGCCUGGGGCUCAGCUCGUGCAGGCCCGUGCGCUGGGGUUCCCCCUGAGGCUGGCGUGGGUGCUGCUGAGCACCUAUCGGCAGCCACGGGCGCUGGCGGCGUUCAACACAACGUCGGACCUCUUCGUGGCCCGAGAGGGGAACAUCGCAGGUUGCGGCCACGCCAACUCGCUGCUGCUGGUGCUCACUCUCCGUGCGCUGCAGCGGGCGCAUGCCGUUGCGCCGUCGGUGACGCCGCGCGGCCUUGUGGACGACGCCGCCCUGGAUUGGAGCGGACCGCGUGACGUGCCUGACGACGGCCUUUCCGAGGCGCUCAGAAGUUUCUCGUCGAGCAUGGUGGAGCUCAGGCUAGUCAUGCAGCCGCAGAAGUCGGGGCACCUGGCUUCCUCCAGGCGGAGGGCGCGGCUGCUGGCGCCAUCCAUGCGGAGCAGGGGCCUCGCUGAGAAGUUCUGGGUGCGCAACCUAGGGCGCGAGCUCCACGGGCGGAAGGUGCUCCGCACGCAGGAGAAACGCCGACUGCAGGCCCUCGCGGCCAGGCGCAGCCGGAUGGCCAUGCUCAGGUGGGCUGCUGGGAGGCGCGCAGCGGCGCUGGUCGCCACGGGGCUGUCCCCUUCGGCUGGCCAUGGGGCUGGCGUGGCUGGCCUGGCGGAUCGGCCACUGGCACAGCUGAGGACGUCGGCGGCGGUCACGGCGGGGGCCAAAGCGGGCUGUGGCACCGCCGCGGUUAUGCUGCUGCAGCUGCGCGUGGACUACGACCCCAUCGACGCGGCCACCAUCCCGCUGGUGAUGCGCUUGGCCAGCCGCAUCUGGGAGGGCCGAGGCCCCCUUGCCAGCCUGAUCGCUAGCUGGUGCAAGCUGGCUGGGGCGGGGCGAGCGGGCACUUUGUCUUGGGCUACCGCGCACGGCCCGCUCGUGGCCACGUGGCUCACGCUCAGCCGCAUCGGCUGGACUAUGGCAGCAGCGCGGGCCCUGCAUACCGACCUGGGCGAGACGCUGUCCAUGCUGCGGGUUGCUCCUCGGGACAUCAAGGGCGCGCUGGUGGGGGGCGUCCAGCGCUGGCAGUGCAGGCGGCUGGUGGCCCACUUGCCCGAGGGCCAGGGCGAGACCCUUUGGCUUAGGGCCGUCCGUGCCAUUGCGAGCAGGGCACGGCCUGCGGCGGAGCUGGGGGCCAUCCAAGCGGUGUGGGCAGGAGGGCACUUCACCAACGCCUGGAGGUACGCCCGCGGCUACACCGACUCCGACAUGUGCCAGGAGCCGUUCCGCAAGCCGAUCGUGGCGAUGCGCCACCAGCUGGGGGAAGCCGAGCAGAAGUGGACAAUCGGGGAUAGCGAGCUGCCGCUGGCGCACGGCUUGCCGCUGCUGCCAGCGAUGCCGCCGCCCGCGCCGUCGGGCGCCACGCAGGAGGGGUGGCCGUCGGUGGUCUACACGGAUGGUGCAGGGCGCGCCUCCCGAGUCCCUGAGGCGGGCUCCGUCCAUGUCAUCGUCAGUGACCUGCAGGCCCUAGUCACGGAGGGCAACGGCUGGUCCCCGACGGCGCAGUCGGCCAGAGCACGGCACGCCAGCAUCUGGCGCCAGCUCCACGCGGCCGCGGCGAGGCGCGAUGGGCCGCCGCCGCGCUUCCGCUGGGUGCUUGCCCACCGCAGCCUCCAGCAAGCGCUGGCCGAGGGCUUGCGGCCCCUGGACUGGCUUGGGAACUGCUGGGCGGACUUCUUCGCCAACCUCGGCGCCGCGGAGACCAGGCUGCCGAACGGCACGGUGGAGGCGCUGCACGCUGAGCUCCAGCGCGCCCUGGACACGGCCACGUUCUUGGGCUGGGCGGCGGCGCGCAUCUGCCAGCUGGGCCUGUGGGGGCCUCUCGGGGAAGGCGGCAGGCGCGAGUACCAAGCCACCAGCUCAUACGGUGUGCAAUGCGUGCACUGUGGGCGCGAGACCUACACGGCCAAGGCGCGGGCGCUGCUGGAUUGCAGGCCCUGCCAGCCCACGGAGCUGGGCAGGAUGCGGGCCCGCUGCCGUCAGGGUCGGCCGCUGGCGAGCUCUGCAGCGGUCAACGCGAGCCUGCAGGUGGGCCUGGUGUGGCCGCAGGAGGGCAACGAUCACUGCGCCACCGAAGCGUGGGGCCGCUCAGGGCCGUUGGAGGCCGCCCUGGGCACGCUGGCCAGCUCCCGGAUCGUCGAUCUGAUGGACCAGAGCCUGGCCUACGCGUCCUGGAUGGAGGAGUGCGUCGAGUACGUGUGCAGGAUGCUGGGCGAGGCGGCCUGCCGCGGCUUCUUCGUCCACAACAGCGCCGAGCCGCGCAGCGCGGAGCGGCCGAGGCGGGCCGAGGAGUUCUGCGAGCGCGGCUGGCGGGGCGGCGGGCCGUUUAGGGAGGCCCACAUCGACGAGGCGCUCCAGCUGGAGGACGAGGCCAGGCAGGUCAAGCUCCAGCGGCUGCGUGGCUACCACGCCGCGGCGCGGACCUUCCUGUGCGACCGUGGCAGCGCGCAGCACGCUGGGGGUAGGCGUGGGCCACUCUACUUCACCUUCUUCGAGCCCGUGGGAGGCGUCGCUGAGGGGCUACAGCGGCCAGUGGGCCCGCGGGCCGACCCCGCCCAGCGGCGGGGCCAACCUGUGGGCCACAGCGAGUCCGAUCACAACAGCAGCCCCGAUCCUGAUGCCGCGGUCUGCCUCGAGGUCCUGCGCGGCAGGCUGAGGGCCUUCGCGAGCUGCUGGGUGUUCGACCUGCGCGACUCGGAGGCCGCGGAGGACACCUGGAUGGCUUGGGCGGCGCAGUAUGCCGUCACCUGGCUGGCCAGGCCCGACAGUGAGGACACGAGGGCAGUGGUUACGAGACGUGCAGGCUCCAUAGGCCUGCGGGCGCUGGCCCAGGCGAUGGUCAGGCAGGCGUGGCUCAUGAAAGCAGAUGUGCGGCGCAUCGCAGUGGGACACUUGAUGGGCCUGGCGAACCUGGAGGAGUGGCUGCACGUUGCCGCCAUGCAGUGGGCCACGCUCGACGAGGUCUGCCGCGCCAUGGAAAACAUCAUCGGUGAGGCGGUGGUCAACCUGCCUGCGCUGCCUGGCUUCGCUUGUGCCCUGCCUGGCCUGGGCGCCUUUGGCUCCAGCGAGCCGCCCCGCCAAGCUGGGCUGCCGCGGCCCCAGGGCCUCCGCGGCCGAGGGAUCGAGGCCUUGCGGCGGCCGUGGCCAGGCACCUGGCACAACCCGCAGCUGCCGCUGGUGAACGCGACGCAGGGCGGGCCCGAUGACCAGGGCAGCGGCAGUGGCGGCGAGGACGUCUGGUGUAGCAGGUGCCGCCGCUGCAGCCAGCGCGGGCGGCUCUGGGCGUUCGAGGUGAUGCCGAUGCUGCGGGGGACGACGAUCCUGUGCGUGCUGACGGAGGAGGCGAGGCUGCUGCUGCUCGCGGUGCGGGGGGCCUCCCCGUGGCGGCUGCCUACGCCUUGGCGGCGGCGGCUGCGGCGGCCGCUGUGCCUGGCGAGUGCGGCGGCGGAGGCCGGCCGGGGGCCGAGCGUGGGUGCCCGCGAUGCCCAGCGCUCGAGGAGCCCUGAGCGGGCGGCAGGUGCAGCUGCCAUAGGUGCGCCUGGGUCACAGCCUCCGCACGGCGGGUGCGGGGCGUUCGCGCAGCUGAAGGGCGUGGACCGCGCCGAGGGCCUGAAGGCGGAGUGCGGCGGCCGCCUGCCGCCAGGGCCGCAGGCCACGGCUGGAGAGAAAAAGAAGAGGAUCUACCUGAGCCGAUUGCUGAGCGGCAAGGACCCGUACUCAGGGCGGCCGCUCGGAUGA